UGCAGCCAACGGAGAGGACAGGGAAAAGUUGUGAGGUAGCCGGAGGGACGGGCAGGGAGAAGUGUCAGCGUCAUUGGUGCUCUGCUGAGAAGGAAUGAGAGCAGCGGCUUUUCCUCCUGUCCGUCAGUCUCUCUGCGUUUCUGUCUGUCUUUCUGAUUGUCUCCCCCUCUCCUCUCUAAUUGUCUCUCAUCCUGGCUGGCGCUGCAACGUUGCCGGCUCUGCAGUGAAAGUGCUGGCUGGUGGAUUCUCCUUGAGUGAACCCUGACUGUGCGCAGUGUUUGCCACUCCGUUACUGUCCUGUCCACACUGACUCAGCUGUGCAGGCAGCCUGCUGGCGUCUGAGUGAACACCGGCUGCACGAGCAGUUUCUUCAACAGGAGUGCUGUGAGGGUUGGCGAGCAGGCUUCGUACCCCCGGGACUAGUGAAGGAGCACGAGUGGGUCGUGCCUCGUUUGGGGUCCAGACACCCAGACAGCACCUUCCAGAUUUAAUCCAGUAAACCCCAGAGGCCAAGUUGUACUAAAGGAUAUUAUACGAGCUAUCUGGAGCCUGCUGGAUCCUGCAGCAGUAUUUGUUUUGGAGCAGAUCUGGCUGCCAUGGAGGUCCAGUGGGUUGGGGUUGAAUUCCCGAGGCUGGGCCCUCCACACACAGCCGUCGGCCUGAUCUUCUCUAUGUUGCUUGGCCUGUGGUCUGUUCAGGCCCUUGAAAUGUCUGUAGGGAAGAUUCCCUUCCUCCAAGCAGUGAAUGGCAGCACGGUCAUGUUGCCUUGUACAUACGCCAGCUGUAUCGGCAUCGAGGACCUCUACUUCAACUGGCAAUUCAAUGACAAUGGCACCAUGCAGAAGGUGUGUGAUUCAGUGAUAGCGUCAGAGACGGCGGUGCCACAUGUGAAUAUAUAUCGAGAGCGGGUGGAGUUUGUGGGGAAGAAUCAUAACAACAACGUCUCCAUCUUGCUGUGGAACAUCACCUUCGAGGACGGAGGCCAGUACACUUGUUUUGGACGCAACCCCAAAGAAAAGGGCAGAAACCACAGUACCAUCUUCACCCUCAUUGUGGUGGACGAGUUGAGGGUGGUGGACAACACGCUGACCAUCCUGAUCGCCUCAGCUGUGGGCGGAGGCAUCGCAGCAUUAAUGGGCUUCAUGUUGCUCAAGAACUUCACUCUCUAUGUUCUUGCCAGGCUUGAAGAGAAAAAUAAGGAGUGCCUUGUAACUUCAUCAGGGAUCGACAACACAGAAAAUGGCCUCUCAGGAUCUAAAGCGGAUUCAAAACCAACACCAAAAAAGAAAUGAGAAAGUGCACGUAUAUAAAACAAUAUGAGUACUCAUAUUUAUGUACCUUCUUUGCAUAUAUUUGUAUAUGCACGUGUUUGCACACACACACACAAGCAAAUUCAUUAUGUUCAAGUUGGGAUCCUAAAAACGGCCUGGCUGUGACCUUCAAAAGGGAAUAUAUACAUGUGCACGGAAUACUAAUGUGCAGAUGAUAUUCAACUAAGGAAUAUGCAAAUCAGUGCACACAUAAUUAUUUAAAAUGUGCUUAUAGUUUAAUAAUUUACAUCUAAAGGAUAAUUGCACCUACCAGAGACACUUUCACUUGAUUUAUUUAGUCUUAAUCUUAUAAUAUUUACAUCCUACCUCCCAUCUGCUAUCCCAUACAUCUUCCUCCUUUGCCCACAUUGGUAACACAAAAAAAAGCAUUAAAAGGUGUUAUCUUUUUUUGGGGGGUGUGGCCAGUAACUGGGUCUGAAAUCAGUUAAACAUUUGUCAUGUAAAGCUAGUGUGUGCUUUUGCUUAAUGAAAUGUGUCCUGAUGCCACACAGAGCAGGAAUAUCAAGUCCAAAAAAAAAAAAAGUCCAGGUUUCUAUGGACAACAUUGUUCUCAAAUUGUCUCUGGUUAGACUGUGGGAUUGACAAUGCAUUAUAGAUAGUGGAAGUAAGCACCCUGCUCUGUCAACAGCAGUGAAGGAAACGUAACAUUAAAGGUAGUUUUACAACAGGAAGGAAGAAAACAUGACGCAGUCUGGAACCCUUUCAACUGAUCGAUUCCUCACGGUUUCAGCAGGCUCUGUAUAAUAUAAAGGUGCAAUUUGGAUAAGAUUUGUUGAUUUAUUGGUGGAUAUUUUGUCAAUGUAAUGAUUCACACUAGUAGUCAUCAUCUGAUACAUCUGCACCAAGCAAGUAAACAAACUGAAUGUUAAGAAGAAAGACCCCAUUUAAAAUGAUAUGUGGCCAUGUGUGUUUACAGGUAUUAUGCAGUGAGUGGAAGCUAAGUGGAAGCAUGCUUGUGAAGGAGCAGUAAGCUAAGUGUCUCUGGUAGAUGGUUUCUUUUUGAACUCAUUACAUUAAAACCAAAAUUAUGUGCACAUUUUAUUAAAUUAUGGGGAUGUGUGUGUGUGUGUGUGUGUGUGUGUGUGUGUGUGUGUGUGUGUGUGUGUGUGUGUGUGUGUGUGUGUGUGUGUGUGUGUGUGUGUGGGUGUCACAAAAAACAGUUUAUCAAUUUGCACUGUCAUGCUCUGUUUAAAGUGCUGGGUAGCCAUGAUAUAUCAGUAAUUAUUUGUGGCCACAGCCAGAAUACAUAAAAAAAAAAAAAAGUAAACUUUGACUGUUUUUCAUCCGAAGUCAAAACAAAAACUUUUUGGUUUACGUGCUUGAGACAGGAAAUAAUGUAAUGUAGUUAGAGGUGGGCUGAAUCCUAACACCAAAUUCACAGUAUAUCUUCGAUAAUCUGGUCUAACUACAUCAAAAUCAAAUGUUCUAUCUCACUUAUCUACUGAUCAAUUUGUGGCUGCUUUCCACAAAACUCCUUCUGAUGUAUUCAAACAACUGUAGUAAAAGAAUGGGUGCUUUAAUUAGUGCUAACUCAAAUGGUACUGACAGAAUAUUGUAGGAUUCAGCCCAGCUCUUCAUCUUGUACCUUCUCUUUGCUUGAUAUAAAACACAGGUGCCUGUUAGUGCUUAUGCUCCUCUGCCACCGAGGACAACUACAUAUUGCAAAACAGUUUAUAAAGCUCAGCAACCGUAAUAAUACAACAAGCUUCUAAACUGACUUGAUAGACAAUCCCCUUAAACACCCCCCGCCCCCCCACCCCCACCCACUCCCUAGAAAAUGAAUGAAUGACCCUCUGAUGUUGCUGCUUUUAAAACAAUAACCAAUGCAUUUUAAGCAUGUGCAACAUGGGCCAGAUUUUAGACACAAUGCUUGAAAACAGAAAUACAUACUUUUUGGAGAAAAAAAACAUGUUCCAAUAUACUAACAUUGGUAGUCAGCUCUGAGGUUAGCUGUAAAUCCCAUUUUAUGCCAUGCUAAUUUCAUUGUGCUAACCCUUGCUUAGACUAAGCACUAUUUGGUGAUGUGGCCCUGGAUACUGUAUGCCUGGAUCAGACUCAACAUAUUUGCUUAGUAUGUGACUCUUUGUGGAAAUGGCUUGUUUUUCCUAAACACUGACAAACAUCAAUUCAGUCAGUGUUUUACUAUUUGCAAUAAAUCAUCUUUACCAGCUGCACUGCAGUGAAAAAGAAAAACCUGGUUGUCCUACCCAUGCAUACAGUAAAUGACCCAUAAAUGCAUACUCUAAAUGAUCAUGGGAUCAAGUUUCAGACAUGCUGAGUAUGGGGGCUGUAGUUCAAGUAUCUUUUCAAGCAGGAGAUAAAGUGAGGCUGUCAGUGUAGCCCACUGACUGCCAAACAGGGAUGAUUCCUAUUGAGCAUCAUAUCCGGACAUGAAUGUAUCUGCAUCACACUCAAAACAACUGCAUUUACAAUUUACUUCUGUUGCACAUUCAAGACAAUGAAUGUCUGGCUUUAAAAAGAAAUACCUCUGGAGAGUGGGACAGAUGUGGGUAAGCACUGAGUCAGGUCGGAUAUAAACGUACCUCCCCAGUCGCAGCAGGUGUUAGCUGAGCGUACUGUACAGUGAAGUGUGAGUUUCUGGUGGUUUCUGAAGCUCACUGUAAUAAUAAUGUGCCUCCACAUUAAAGUGACUCCAGUCUUUAGUCACUGGCUUGAAGCAAUAUUAUGAAGGGGAUGUGUUGUUGUUAAAAAACAUAUUUUUGUGUAUGCACAAUGCAAAUCAGUGUCGGUUUUUCACAUUGAUCAUCCAAGUGAGAAGAGAAACCAAACAGCACACAUGAGAAAAUAUUCAGGGUGCUAAAUUUCUUUGAGGUUCCAUGAAAUUAUGUAAGUUACUCAAUGUGAUGUAUGUCCUAUUGGAACAGCAUUAGAUGGAGAGGGAUCAAUCUUAAAGCAAUAGUUUUGACAUUUUCGGAAAGUAUGCCUUGUGGCUUCUUGCCGAGAGUUUGACAGAUACUUUCGUGUCUGUCUGGUCAAUAUAAAGCUACAUCGACCAGCUGCUUAGCUUAGCAUAGCAUAAUGACUGGAAAUGGGGAAGCAGCUCACCUGGCUCUUUCCAAAGGAAACAAAAUCUGCCUAGCAACACCUCUAUAGCUCACUAAUUAAAGUAUCUCGUUUGUUUAAUCUGAAGUAUAAAAAUGACUAAUUGUAGUUUAACGGAAGGGAUGGACAGUUUUCUGGCUUCCUGUGUUCUCAUGGUUGCCUGGCAACUGCACAAUGUCUUUUUGCUAAGCUAAUCUAACCAUCAUGCUAACCAAAACGUCAAACUAUUCCUUUAAGUAUAUAAACCAAUGGGUUAUUGGUUAUGAAAAAAGAUAUUUGAUAAGACUGACAGAAAGGCAAAAAGCUGCUUGCUGACAAAGCUGUGGUGACUUCAUCAUCCCCUUUCGUGGGAUCUUAGCGAAAGAUAUUGCAGGUACACAAGAUGCAAGAAAUAUUAUGGGUAUAUUCAUAUGUGUGUUUACCAUAUUCUAUUUUGACUUAAAAGAGAAGAUCCCCCCUGGUGCAGGACUAUGAAUUGUCAAGAAAUCAGGUCUUAACAUUUGGGCUGUUGCUGUGACUUUGGAAACAUGAAGGCAGCGUUUUGCAGGAUCGACCAUCAAACAAUAGAAUAGCAAUAAUUUGAUUUAACUGUUGAAGAGUGGGUUUUCUCUGAGUGUCUAAUCUCUGUCAGCUGUUGUCUAAUUAGACUUGGUUUUUGAUAUGAAAAGGGAUUGCCUUCUCAAUGAAUCAAUUAAUUGAGAAAACAUAUCUUUUGGGUAAUGUUGAGAUUGCGUCAGUGAGGGCCUUAUGAUGACAAGCAACUCUAUGCAAAUCAUAACAGAAGUGACCAUUUCUGUGAGCAAUACAAGAGUAGAAGAUCAGGGAGUUGUGGUGAUGGGAUGCAGGGUGAAUGGGGAACACCCAGAGAGAAGCUUGGAGUGGACUGGAGCCCCUGUACUUGAUCAGAUCCUGCAGAGCAUAUAGACUCACCAAGUCACGCUCCACCGCUACUCUCUGCACACACAUAUAGCCUACUGUACAGCUUUAAUGCUCUGGCUCGCCCUCAAAUGAUGUCUCCAUUUUCAACCUCUCAUCCGUGCAUAUCAGCUCUUAAUGUCUUUAUUAUAGAAACAAGAAAUCUAAUAAAGUUUUGAAUAAAA